AUGAUACUUGGUCAUUCUUUCGUUCGACGCCUCAGUGGUGACUUGGAGAAUCAUUUUGACGAUCGUGCCAAAAGCAACUUCGACCUCGAAGGUGUUAAGGUCCGUUUAUUUGGUAUUGGCGGAAGGACGGUUAAGAAAAUUAAGCAAUUUGACGUAGCGAAUGUCUCCCGCUUUGCACCAGAUGUUGUAAUAUUAGAAAUAGGUACCAAUGACCUUUGUAAUGAACCACCAGAAACGGUUGGUUCUCAGAUUGACGAAUUAGUCGAGUUGUUGUUGAACCAUUUUUCUGUUAGGGUAGUUGGAGUUUGUCUGGUGAUUAAGCGAGCUGAGCCAAUGUUUAAUACGAAGGUAGAAGUGUUAAAUCGUUAUUUACGUGUCGUCAUCGACCGCCCUAGAGUGUUUGUAUGGCGACAUAAGAUUUUGGACUCUCCAAGCCAUGAUUUCCUGUUGGAGGACGGAGUUCACUUAAAUCCUCGUGGCCAGUAUUUACUUUACAGAAGUUACCGAGGUGCAAUUUUAAAGGCUGUGAACAUUUUGAAUAAGUUUGAGUGA